GGCAGGUGGAGGAGCUGUGGCAACUGCUGCUGCCGCGGCCCCUGCCGGCGCAGCGGCGGUGGCGGUGGUGGCGGUAUGUGAUCGCUGCAGACAGCCCAUCAGCGAGCAGCAGUACGCUGCCAAUGUGGCCCGACUGGAGGGGGAUGUGGCGGAAGCGCGCAGGGUGUACGAGGCCGCCGCGGGGGAGGUGCGGGAGGCGCAGCAGGCCUUCACGGCGGCUGGCCGGCUGGUGUCGGAGGCGGAGGCAGCGCUGGCGGCACUGGUGCGGCGGAGGACGGAGGCGGAGCGCAGGUCCGCCGAGGCCGCCCUAGCCGCUGCCGCCGCCGCCCAGCAGGCCGCGCGUGCUGCCGCCGCCGCCUCCCGCGCGGCUCAGGAGGCUGCGUGGCGAGAUGCGGGGCGGGCUCUGGCGGGUCUGCAGGCGGGGCUGGCUGAGAGCAGCAGGAGGAGGGG